UCUUAUCUGUGCUUGUGCUUGUGCUUGUGCUGGCUCCUGCUCAGCGACGGUCAUUCUCCACAGGCUUCUCUCGAUUGCUAGGGACGAUGCUUUCGGGGGACAUACCGCCGAAUCAAACCAUAUACAUAAAGAAUCUUAACGAAAAGGUCAAGAAAGAAGAAUUGAAGAGAUCCCUUUAUUGCCUCUUCUCUCAGUAUGGAAGAAUUCUGGAUGUUGUAGCCCUGAAGACCCCAAAGCUUAGAGGACAAGCAUGGGUCGCUUUCAGUGAAGUGACUGCUGCCAGUAAUGCCGUGCGCCAAAUGCAGAACUUCCCAUUCUAUGAUAAGCCUAUGAAAUUUGUAAUCAUCAUACUGCUGCAGAGAAUACAAUAUGCCAAAGAAAAGUCUGAUUGCAUUGCUAAAGCAGAUGGUACCUACGUCAUGAGAGAAAAGAAGAAGAAGCAAGAAGAAAAAGCUGAAAGAAAGCGCCGUGCUGAAGACACACAAACGGCCAAUGGUUCCGCUGCUGAAGCUAAUGGGGGGCCAACGGCCUCUUAUCGACCUGGAACUGCCGGUUCACAAGAAACAGCGCCAAAUAAUAUAUUGUUUGUUCAGAAUUUGCCUGUUGAAACAACAAGCCAGAUGUUGCAGUUGCUCUUUGUGCAAUAUCCAGGAUUUAAGGAAGUGAGAAUGGUUGAAGCAAAGCCUGGUAUUGCUUUCGUAGAGUAUGAAGACGACGUCCAGGCUGGCAUGGCCAUGCAGCACCUUCAGGGCUUCAAAAUCACUGCUCAGAACCCCAUGGCCAUCAAUUUUGCUAAAAAGUAAGGGUGUUAGGCCCACUUCUAGAUUGAGUUUGUGUUUAUCUUCUCAGAACUCGCUACAGUUUGGAUUUUGGUGCAUACCGUGUGUAAUUAGUCAGGGGAUCUGCUUCCCAUUGAAGAAGGGAUAAAUUGUAGAAUGAGGAGAGUAGAAGGGAUCGUUUCAUGUCAGUCUUUUUUUUUUUUUUGAAGUCAGUAUCAAAUGAUGUCCUUUGUGUUGUAGAAAGGAGCUCCGUUGAGGAACUCAGUUGUUACCCUUUCGAAGAACUUAUGCAGAAAUGUUAAAAUGUAA